AUGCUCAGCGCACCAUCCGAAGCUGACGAGGAGGCGGUGGCCCGUCUCGCGCAGGAGGAUGUGGCUUCUACGAGUUUAGAUCUGGCUGAGCUGGAAUGGGCAGUAAUCCCGGAGGAGCUUUAUGCCUUUCAAAAUCUCGAAGAACUGUACCUAUCAGACAAUGCAUUGACCGCACUGCCUCCAGAGUUAUUCGAGCAGCUCCCCUUCCUGAGAUAUGUGGAUGCCCGCUACAACCAGUUGGGGUUUUUACCGGAUACCAUCGGCUAUCACCCAGCCCUCACUACUCUUCUCGUGGGCAACAAUCAGCUGACGAGCUUACCAGUGGAAAUGGGCUACUCUGAGAGCUUACGCCAACUGAAUCUGCGUAACAACCCCUUGUAUUUCCCGCCGACAGAGGUCGUGGCCCAGGGUUGCGCAGUUGUGCUCCAGUACUUGCGUGAGCGGGCGGGUCCCAAGGACCCCAACCGCCUAGUCCAACAGAUGACAGUCCUCACGCUUGAUGAAGAGCCGGAAUUGCCCUUGCCCACCAAGCCAGCACUGGAGGCAGAGGACACGCAGGCGGCCGUGAGCAUCGUGCAGUCAACCUUGUGCGAGAGUCAACCAAUCUCGCCUGAACCUGAAGCGACCCUUCAACCCGAGGAGUUGCCUCAGGAACCACCCGAGGCCCCAGUAGUCAGCAACAUGCGAAUGCCCAAGGAGGCCACCCCGCCCCCGCCCAUCCAAGAGGAGCCUGAGGAGGAACUGCAAGAUGACGUGGUGAUUACAGCAGAAGUCUCCAACGCAGAGAUCCUCUCGGAGCAUGCUGAAGAAGAGGAGGAAGAAGCUGAAAGCACGGCCGGUGAGGAAGAGAGCAGCGAGGAGGAAGCGCCCCUUCCCCCCCGGACGAUUUUGCGGUCGCGGCCAGCCUCCAAUAUUGUCAUCCCCGUCCGCACAGGCUCGCCCGAGCUACAUGGGGGCGAUUUUGACCUGCUCGACCAAAUGCUGGACGAAAAGCGGAGUGCUGCAAAUAGCGCACGGGCGCGUUCUGCUCUUACUGCCCUCCGCCUGGAUGAAAGAGCCUCGCGUGCCACCUCAGCCCGUAGCCGCUUGAGUGGGCGUAACAGCACAUCAUCCACCUUUACUCGACCAGCCUCGGACGUUCAAAACCCUGUCCAAGAUCCAAAGACUGAAUGA